AUUGCGUCGUUCGAAACAAUAGUUUUAGCUUGCCCGCGGCUAACAUUCGCCGAACUGUCUAAUUUCUUGGACAAAUCUAUAAGUUCCGAGAUCCGCUAUCUAUUCGCAUCUUUCCAUAGCUCUACUGUUAUAUACAACAGGGCAUUGAGCGAUAGCGUUGCUGGCACCGAGCUCUCCGUCUGACACACCCAAUCCAACCCCACCGAACAGCUCCGAAUCUCCGCCUGCCAUGAACGAUGCGCCGCGCAGCCCCGCGAUCCACUGCACGACACCCUACUAAACCACUCACGGAUCUCAGAAAUGAUCAUCCGGAGUUUGCAUAGAGCUACGUGCUCCAUUGCACGGGUGGAAUUGCGCCAGAGGCCAUGGCCUAGGCCGGAGACGCUGUCGAAGCGCGUCUUUACGAGCACGAGUCGAGUGUUCAAAGAUGUCCCUACAACGAAUAAGACCCAGCCAACCCCCGAUGGCAAGCAGACACCGCGCGCCGUUCCUACUGGGGCGAAACCCGACGCAGGUUCGAAGCCGCUCUUGCCAGCUACGCCGGCGAAGCGCAAAGACCCCCUCGCGCUCGAGGACAAGUCGAAUAAGGAGCAGCGCCAGGCGGAUUGGGCGAUUAUAAAAGAGAUGUCACAGUAUCUAUGGCCCAAGCAUGGCCUCAGCACAAAAGUCCGUGUCGGGCUCGCGCUCGGCCUGCUCGUUGGAGCCAAGGUCCUCAACGUCCAGGUGCCGUUCUACUUUAAGAACAUUGUGGACGCGAUGAACGUUGACUUCAUCGGCGUUGGCGGAACGGCGGCCACAGUGGCGGGAUCGAUGAUUUUGGCGUAUGGCCUGACCAGGUUCGGCGCCACGAUCUUCCAGGAGCUGAGGAACGCGGUGUUUGCGAGCGUUGCGCAGAAGGCGAUCCGCAAGGUCGCGGGAAAUGUGUUUGACCAUCUACUGCGGCUGGAUCUGAAUUUCCAUCUCACGAAGCAGACGGGCGGGCUUACGAGGGCGAUCGAUCGCGGGACGAAGGGGAUUAGCUUCCUCCUCACGUCGAUGGUGUUCCAUGUUAUCCCUACUGCGCUGGAGAUUAGCAUGGUGUGCGGAAUCCUGACGUGGCAGUAUGGGGCCAAGUUUGCGGCUAUCACGGCUGUGACGAUGGUGGCAUAUACAGCGUUUACGAUCUGGACUACGGCGUGGAGGACGAAGUUCAGGAGGCAGGCAAAUGCAGCGGAUAACAAGGCGUCCACGGUGGCGGUUGACUCGCUCAUCAACUAUGAGGCUGUCAAGUACUUCAAUAAUGAGAAGUAUGAAGUGGGGAGGUACGACAAGGCCCUGCUGGGCUACGAGAGGUCGUCUAUCAAGGUCGCCACGUCUUUGGCAUUCCUUAAUGCGGGACAGAACUUGAUUUUCUCAAGUGCCUUGACGGGGAUGAUGUAUCUGGCUGCUAAUGGUGUGGCCGAGGGAACGCUGACGGUUGGAGACCUGGUAAUGGUUAACCAACUUGUGUUCCAGCUCUCUGUCCCAUUGAACUUCCUCGGGUCAGUGUAUCGCGAGCUCCGUCAGUCCCUGCUGGACAUGGAAACGCUCUUCAACCUGCAGAAGGUCAAUGUGGCCAUCAAAGAGGUGCCCAACGCGAAGCCACUCGAGCUAACCGGCGGAGGAGAAAUCGUCUUUGAAAACGUCACCUUCGCCUACAAUAAAGAGCGCCCCAUCCUGCAGAACCUCAAUCUAACCAUUCCCGCCGGCAAGAAGGUCGCCAUCGUCGGACCUAGCGGCUGCGGAAAGUCGACCCUCCUCAAGCUCCUCUUCCGCUUCUACGACGUCCAAGAAGGCCGCAUCCUCAUCGACGGCCAAGACAUCCGCCAUGUUAGCCUCGCCUCCCUCCGCAAAGCCAUCGGCGUCGUCCCCCAAGAUACCCCCCUCUUCAACGACACCAUCGAGCACAACAUCCGCUACGGUGAUCUGUCAGCACCCCCCGAGGCUGUCCGCGCCGCCGCCGCUCGCGCCCGCAUCGAUCACAUCAUCUCUGCGUUCCCGGAUGGCUACCAGACCAUGGUCGGUGAGCGCGGGAUGAUGAUUUCGGGCGGAGAAAAGCAGCGUCUUGCGGUGUCAAGGCUGCUGUUGAAGGAUCCGCCGCUGCUGUUCUUUGAUGAGGCGACGUCGGCGCUGGAUACGCAUACGGAGCAGGCGCUGAUGCAGAAUAUUAAUGGGAUUUUGAAGGAGAAGGCGAGGACGAGCGUGUUUGUGGCGCAUCGGCUGAGGACGAUCUAUGAUAGUGAUAAGAUCAUCGUGCUGAAGGAGGGGAAGGUGGCGGAGAGUGGAAGCCACAGCGAGUUGAUUGAUACAGGGGGUGUGUAUUCAGAGUUGUGGAGUGCCCAAGAAACCCUGUUCCAACAUGGGACUAGUGAGCAUGAGGUGGCUGUAGAGGAUGUUCUAGAGAAAGCUGAAGGGGAUGGGAGCGGUAAGGGUAGGUGAGGCCCAUAUAGGAGACGGGAAUUUAGGCAUGAGGGUGUAGGAGAGAAAUAUACGAAUACGGAUAGAGUCGGAACUGCACAGCAGCAGCGGGCAGAGCGACUUUCCGACUAUACGGUCGGCAACAGAGGUAUCAUAAUGAUACUGCAGUUAUAGCGAAAAUUAUUGUGCCGGCAUCACCGCACCCAGUAGGCUGGGGUUGUCGUCGCUGUGAUAGCAUGGCGAGAGAAUAAAGCAUACAUUUGAUACCAUUUAUAUACAGACCGAGCC